AUGACCACCUUGUGCACUGCGAUGCGAGAUUUAAUUAUUAAUAUACUUGCUAUUGUGGUGAAUAGUAUCUAUCUGCCAUUUGCCUUUUGGAAUGUCGUCAAGACUAGUCUUGCCGGCUUCACCUUUUGUGGCAACAAGAAGAAAUUUUCGCCCAAUGUAGUUGCUAUCACAGGCGCAAACUCUGGCAUUGGUGAAGGUAUUGCCUAUGCCUAUGCUAAAGAUAGGGUUUCAUUGGUUCUAUUGGCUCGUAAUAUGGAACGUCUGGAAAAGGUUGCUAAAGCUUGCAAGGAGAUGGGAUCUCCCGAUGUCAAAGUGGUUCAAAUGGAUGUUGCCGAUACCAAGUCUGUCACUGAUUUCUUUGACGAAAAGACAGUGGAAUAUGGUAUUGACCUCUUUAUUGCCAAUGCUGGUAUUGCUUCUAUUCCGAAAACACCUCUUUUGGACCAAGCUGAAAAGAUUUUGCAAAUCAAUGUCAUGGGCGCUAUUGCUGGUAUUAACUCUGUAUACAAGGCCAUGCAAAAGCGUGGCCGUGGUGGUCAAAUUGCAGUUGUCUCCUCUGUUUGCGGUUUCUUUAACCCUCCUGUAUUGCUCAGUUAUGGAACUUCCAAGACGGCUGUCAUGUCUUACUGCCGUGAUCUUCGCGCAUUGGGCAAAGAUGACAACAUCAUUGUCAACACCAUUGCUCCUGGAUACAUUGCAACCAACAUGACGACAAGCUUCUCCAGAAAAGAUAAGCGCUUCUUCUUGACACCUGAAUACUUUGGUGAGCAAGUCAAGAAGGGCCUUGAGAAUGAUGUUCCCUUGAUUUCUCUACCUCUCCAUCAAUUCUUUGCGUUUGCCGUCUUGUCUGCUUUGCCUCCCUCUGCCAAGCAAUGCGUUUCCGAUUUCCUCCACAAGCAUGUUGAUCCCAUGCUGUCCAAAAAGAAGAUUGAAAACGUUCUUCCCGAGAAAUCUCAUUAA